AUGUUCCUAUUUCAGACGAUAGAAACUGCUUCUAGAAACGGUGGUGAGAACGGUCCCCAUGUUCCUUCCUGUCCUGUUAUUGAGAGCAUUGAAAGCAUCUCUGGAGAGAGUGUGGAAGUCAGCUGGUCAGCUCCAGAGAGUCCAGGAGGACCCAUUGUGGGCUACAACCUCAACCUCACUGCUCACAAACACGUCGUCAGCACAACCACUGGAGAAAAUGUCUUCUUCAGCAUAUUCUACACAACACUUUACAACACCACAUACAGAAUUUCCAUAGCUGCCGUGAAUCGUGAAGGCCAAGGAGAUGUUGCAGAAGGUAGCCUGACUACCCCACCUCAGCCUGAGCAGAAAGGAGGUCAAUGGGUUUUUGCAUCAAGGCUGAACUCACUGAGGAGAAGGCAGCAGCAUGCUGACAUCUACACUCCAGCAGACUGCCUUGCAGUAGAGGCCAACAUUAAAGGGGUGGCUGUGUAUCAUCACUCCAACCGUGUCUACUUCUCAGAGGGUACUCAUAUCUGGGAAAAGGGGGCAGACAAUCUAACCAACCCCUCAGACCUCACGCUUCUGCACUCAGCUGAGGCAGAGGUCACAGCUCUAUCUGUAGACUGGCUCUACAGGAAGCUGUACUACAUCUCCAAUGGCAAGGUGUGUGUCUACUGUUGUAAACUAGAUGACUGUUCCUCUCCAGUGAACAUUAACCUGACUUUACCCAGCACUCCUAAAAAAAUCUUUGCAGAUCCUUAUAAUGGAUGGCUGUUCUUACUUUUGCAAAAUGGAAUACACCGUAUUUCUCUUCCGGAGGUUUUCAGUCAUACAGACCAUAUCGCUCUUGUGGUCAAGGCAGAUGCCAUAAGUGACUUUGUGGUCAGCUCCCCCACCAAGAGGCUGGUCUUCUACAGCAGAGAAAACUACACGCUCUCUACUGUGUCUCUGGACGGCUUGCAGCCUGUUUCUCUGAUUUCUGAGAUUCACUAUGAUACUCUAAGUAUAGCUUAUGAAAAUGGACUCCUUAUGCUUACAGAUGGUUUUGCUGUGUAUAAAGAAACAGGGAAGGGUUCUGUGGCUAUAUUUAUAGAGUUUACUAUGGACUGUGAUAUCAUUCAUUCCACUUAUGAAGGCUUUGGAAACCUCUGCUUUUUCAGUCCUCUCUCCCAAUCCUAUCCAGUACCCAGGCAGGUAGAAGACUUACAGGUUGUGUUUGGAUCAGACACAGCUACCCUCCACUGGAACAAACCAAAACCCAUGAAUGGAUCAAGUACAUCAUCUUGGCAAAACUGGACAUAUUCUGUGAGGUGUUCAGUGAAUGGAACAGUUGUUAAGGACAUCGGUGACAUAACUGAGACACAAACUUCACUUGCAGACCUACAGAGCACUCAGCAUUACAUUAUUACUGUGUGGGCCAGUUCUCCUGGAGGACACUCCCAAAGAGUAUCAUUUGAGGGCACAACUCUCCAGGCAUACAUGGACUGGUAUAAUGGCACACUGUUCUGGACUAACAGUUCAGGACACAUUAGCUGGAUGGAUAACCACUCUUCUGGUCCUAAAGUAUUUAUAGUGCCUCAGGCUAUGAAGGCUGAUGCUGUAGCCUUUGACUGGCUGGGCCAAUAUUUUUACUGGAGCUGCAAUACAAACAUGAUAUGUAGAGGAGCUAAGUCUGGUCAGGAGGCUGAAGUAUUUCUCAAGCAGAAGCAGAAGCAGAAGCAGAAGAUUGAAAACCUACUUAUAGACUCACCAAAUGCUGCCAUCUACUGGACCACUGAGACAACAGUGCAAACUUGUGGGCUGAAUGGGGAGAGAUGUCAGCUACUCAAAGAGCUCAGUGUUUUCUCAGGAAGAAAGAUUGUUGGUAUCACCGCAGACAUAUCUGAAAGGAAUCUGUACUGGGUAGUACAGGAUGGUUCUUUCUUACAUCUUUACAGAGCAGACAUCAGCAAUGAGCGAAAUAAGACACCUAAGAUAAAAAUGCAAAUGGAUUUAUACUGCAACCAUGAGGUACUGGCUGAAAGCAGAGGUUUGGCAGGUCUAGGAAAUGCCUGCUAUGCUGUCAGUAUGCUGCCAUUCCAUAAAGAGAAGGAAUCGCUGCCUGCAUUUCCCAGGGAACGUUUGAGACUACAGAGGUUGCUAGGCAGUGGUGCUUUUGGAGAGGUUUAUGAGAGUGUGAUGAUCAGCAAUCAAAGCGCUGACUUCAUGCCUGAGAACAGAGUAGCUGUCAAAACACUGCAUCAAGGUGCCAGUACUCAGGAGAAACUGGAAUUUUUAAAAGAAGCUCAUUUGAUGAGCCAGUUUAAUCACCCCAACAUCCUGCACCUUCUUGGGGUGUGUCUGUUCGAUGAGCCUCAUUAUCUCAUCCUGGAGCUGAUGGAGGGGGGAGAUCUGCGCUGCUACCUGCAAGGAGCACGGCCCACCACUACUCAUGGGCAACUUCUGAAGCUAGCCAGCCUUCUUGAUAUAAUGUUGGAUGUUGCUAAAGGAUGUGCGUAUUUGGAGAAGCUCCAUUUUGUUCAUAGAGAUCUUGCCACAAGAAACUGUCUGGUUUCAGUGAGAGGAUAUGCAGAUCCCGAUAGAUUGGUGAAAAUCGGUGACUUUGGUUUGGCCCGUGAUGUCUAUAAGAAUGAUUACUAUAGGAAAAGUGGAGAGGGCUUGCUGCCUGUACGGUGGAUGCCCCCAGAGAGUCUCACAGAUGGCAUUUUCAAUAAGCAUUCUGAUGUAUGGGCAUUUGGGGUGCUCCUAUGGGAAAUUGUGACACUAGGAAAACAGCCAUAUCCUGCUUUCUCCAACCAAGAAGUCCUGCAACACAUUAGUGCAGGUGGAAGACUCCUAGCUCCUGCUGAGUGCCCAUCAAGUCUAUACAAUGUGAUGUCGGAAUGCUGGAGGACAGAGCCCACUGAGAGACCAAGCUUCCGUUGUCUUCAGAGAACUCUGGGGCAGUUAAGAGAGUCUGAAACAUUCAGCCAAGAUGAAAGAAAUGGUCAUGUUAACCAGGACUACCAAGAAGAUGAGGAGGAGAUUUCCAGAGGUAUGGAUGCAGAUGAGCGUGUGGGGACAGAGCUGACUCAUGUCCUCAGCAGUGAGGGCCUAAAUUACCUGAUGUAUCAACCAGAUGAGGCAAGGCAGGCAUUACAAUAG